AUGACGGUGGAAAACUGUGAAGCGGGCUGUCUCUCCGCUGGAUAUCCUCUGGCAGGUGUCGAAUAUUCAGGACAAUGCUUCUGUGACACCGCUCUGCAGAACGGGGGUGGUCCAGCGUCGGACGGCAACGCACAUUGCACGAUGACCUGCAAUGGCAACCCGCAGGAGACUUGUGGAGGGCCAGACCGGUUGAAUAUCUACCGGUAUACCGUUACAUUGUCCACGGCUGCCUCUGUUACGACGAUACCAGUCACCACCCUCCCGGCAUCAACGACGACGAGUGUCCCUGUCGUCACGGCCCUUCCCACGGGAUGGACCUACGCAGGAUGCUAUGAGGACAAUCUGAAUGGCCGUGUCAUGAUGAAUAUGCAGCCCGAAAACAAAGCCAUGACGGUGGAAUCCUGCGUGGCCACCUGCACACGACUCAACUACACCGUGGCCGGGAUGGAGUAUGCCUCUCAAUGUUUCUGUGAUCAGUAUGUACGUAAUGGAGCCUCGCUCCGGCCAUCGUCGGAGUGCAACAUGGCUUGCGCUGGCAACAUGCGUGAGAUGUGUGGCGGUCCCGAUCGUCUGAGCGUCUAUUAUCAGGGCAAUUUCACAGUGCUUCCUGUGCCCACACCACAGACAACCGAUCUGCCGGGUUCCUGGCAGUAUGUCGGCUGCCUACCGGACAAUGUCGAUAAUGCCCGCACUUUUCCUUACCAGAUUGUGUACAAGCAUAACAACAGCGCCACAACCUGUCUGAGCCGAUGCGCGGCAUUUGGAUUCGGGGCUGCAGGAAUGGAGUUCGGCGAAGAAUGUUACUGCGGCGAUGCUAGCAAUGCAAAUGGCCUGCAGCUGCUCCCCGAAUCCGAAUGCACCAUGCCAUGUCCCGGCAAUCUACGGGCCAUCUGCGGUGCGGGUGCCCGCAUUACCUACUAUCGCUGGACAGGGACACCACUGCAGCAAUGGAGCCAUCCUGUCGGGUCAGCAGCCGGUCGAUAUGAGUUUCUUAUCGGCGGCGUCGUGGUGCCUUUGAUGACCACCCUCAAUAUCAAUGGGAAAGUCACCUUCCUGGAGAAAUUCGGCACGGGGGCGCCCAACACCACCGGGGCGUAUGAGUUCGAUCCGGCCUUCGACAGAAACUUCAGCCUGGCGUGGCGGCCGAUGCACGUAAAAUCAGAUAUCUUUUGUUCCGCUGGCCUGGUUUUGCCGGACAAGGUCGGUCGUCAGCUCACAAUCGGAGGCUGGUCAGGUGUCUCGACAUAUGGAAUCAGACUUUACUGGCCUGAUGGCUCUGCUGGCCAACCUAGUAGACUUGAUUGGGAAGAGAAUGCUCAGGAAUUGACCCUGCAGAAUGGGCGCUGGUAUCCUACUGGGAUGAUCAUGACCAAUGGGUCCGUCCUCGUAGUGGGUGGCGAGAAUGGAUCCAACGGGCCUCCAGUUCCUACCCUUGAGAUCCUGCCUCGAGCAGGCCCGGUACUCUAUAUGGACUGGCUGAAUCGAACAGAUCCAAAUAAUCUCUAUCCUUUCAUGACGCCGUUGCCGGGAGGCGGUAUCUUCGUCGCGUAUUACAACGAGGCUCGCAUUCUCAACGAGAACACCUUCACCACAAUCAAGACUUUGCCGAACAUCCCCGGUGCCGUGAACAAUGACGCCGGCGGCCGCACAUAUCCUCUCGAAGGCACCAUGGUGCUUCUGCCCCAGUCGGCUCCCUAUGUGGAUCCGCUGACGGUGCUCAUCUGCGGUGGUUCAACCCCUUUGGUGGUGACGCGAUCGAUAACUGUGUCUCAAUGCAACCGGAAGCCUCCAAUCCCCACCCUCAAAAGAGUCCUCACCUGUAUGACAGCGCUACCCGAUGGAACCUAUCUCAUACUCAAUGGCGCGCACAAAGGCGUAGCGGGUUUCGGACUCGCCAAAGAUCCUAAUGUCAACGCGGUGCUCUACGACCCAUCCAAACCCGUAAAUCAGCGCAUGAGCGUGAUGGCUAACACAACAAUCGCGCGCAUGUACCACUCCGAGGCCAUUUUGCUCCCUGACGGACGUGUCCUCGUGUCUGGUUCGGAUCCCCAGGAUGCGGACUAUCCCGAGGAAUACCGCGUCGAGGUCUUCCUACCACCGUAUUUCCUCUCGGGGAUGCCGCGACCCAGUUUCACAAUCACUGAGCGGGACUGGGUGUAUGGACAGAACUAUCAGAUCACUAUCGCUUCAGGGAAUGUUUCCCGGAUUUCGCUGCUAGGAAUGGUUUCCAGCACUCAUGGGAAUAGUUUUGGCCAGCGUACUAUCUUUCCGGCGUAUUCCUGUAUCGGAUCGACGUGUACGAUCACGGCGCCUCCGGAUGCGCAUACCAGUCCCCUGGGUGGUUUCAGCUGUUUGUGA